AAUGGGACGUACUACGUUCUAUAUCCUAGGCCUCCUCAUUUUUGGAUGUCUUAAUACUAUAAUGAGUAAGGUCCAGUUUCAGAUAAUAUCGGUUGGUAUAGAAGGGCAUACCAAGUUCUUCAAGAAGCCAUGGUUUAACACCCUCACUAUGUUCCUUGGUAUGUGCAUAGUCCUUGCCAUACACUUCAUCACGGUCUGCUACAACCGACAAUCAUCGAGGAGGAGUCAACAGCCUCUAUUAACCCAUCACCAACACCCUGAGACAUCAUUUAAGAAGGCCUCCUGGUUGAUAGCAUUCCCUGCCGCAUUAGACCUCAUUGCUACCGUCUUCUGCUUCCUUGGUUUGCUCUAUAACUCAGCAUCUGUCUAUCAGAUGUUACGUGGAUCCAUGAUAAUAUUCUCGGCCAUAUUUUCCGUUAUGUUUUUGAAGCGACAACUACGGCUUUAUCAUUGGUUUGGAGUACUCAUCUGUGUCGCAGCGGUCAUUGUUGUUGGUGUUGCUGGUAUGAAGAGUACUACUACCAUCAGCUCUCCUACUGAUACGGGCCUUCGAGCCUUCGGUAUGGCUAUGAUAAUCCUAGGGCAGAUCGUUCAAGCUCUUCAAGUAGUGGUAGAAGAGCGUCUAUUACGACAUCAUACGAUAGCCCCCUUCCUUAUCACUGGUAUGGAGGGCAUCUGGGGUACACUCUUAAUGCUCAUUAUCGCCUUUCCUAUUAUCUACCUCAUCCCAGGGAAUGAUGCUGGAAGUGCUGAGAACCCCAUAGACACCAUGGUUAUGAUCGAUAACAGUACAAGCCUCCAGUGGCUCAUCCUACUUUAUAUUUUCUCAGUAUUCACCUAUAACAUGUCGGGUAUGUUGGUCACCUUUGCCCUAUCAGCUGUACAUCGUACCAUGCUAGAGGCAUCGAGAACAGCAGUUAUUUGGAUAGUGGAUUUAAUCAUCCAUGCUAUAGCCCCUGAGUCGGUGUUUGGAGAGGUGUGGACUAUGUGGUCCUGGCUUCAGCUAUUUGGGUUUGGGUUAUUGAUAUUUGGCCAGGCUGUUUAUUCGGAUAUCAUCCGUAUACCUGGUUUCUACUACGACAGAGCUCCUCCCAAGCCAGAGCAUCUCCGAUCUCCUGCGGCAAUGAUGAGUAAUGUUCCCACUCCCCCGCCGAGUAUUCGCCACAGAGAGAAUCCAGUAGAUUAAUUGUAUCACUCUGAUAUGUCAUCACUUCUC